AAGUUUGUUUUUGUUGAAAGCAGGGAUGCUUACAGUAAAGAGAAAGAACUCUUGCUCACAACUCGCUUACUUCUCUAAACAGCGGACAUAGUCUUCAAACAGCGGCCGCGAAGAGAGUGUGUUUUAAGUUGAACAGACACCUGUCACGUUAAAGAAUAACUGUUACACCGAUAGCUGUGUUUAUGGACAGUUAUAUUUUCCUGCUGGACAACAACGCCGUGAAUGAUUAGCUUAUGGAUUAUAACUUUGUGACAUGAACAACAAAAUGAUGACAUGGCAUCGGCAAUGAUGUGAAGUUACAGAGGAUAAAGUUACAGCUAGAAGCAGGGAGGAUCAGGGGCAGUGUGAAGAAAAACAAAGUCAGAAAACAGACAAGCUGGAAACUACAUAGGAUGAGCAGUGUUUGACAGUUGAAGGACAAGACACGUGAUACACAUCAACAGUGCUCAGCUGCUCCAGACAAACAUCUCAGAUCAUCAGAUCACACAGGCAGUGAGAGAGUGUGUGUCUGAUCCAGGACCUCAUGCGUUCACUUUACUGAGGAGAGUGAAAUAUGUGCUGGUAAAAUUCAUUGAAUGCACUAUAGUGAUCACAACUGUUGAAGAGACACACAGGGUGUGGAGGAGAACAUCUUCAGCUUGAAUGAUAAAGAAAAAAUCUGCACUGAUAUUUUCAAAAGAGCACAGAAGACUGACUCAGCAAUGGACAAAGACCAAGACAGCAGACCUGGGCAUUCUGAUCUCAGAAAGACUAAAAAAAAUGAUGAAAGAAGCAUUUUUUACAGUCUCAAGAGUUUCCCAAUACUUUGGAGCAAAAAAGAGAGAAGUCCAGAUGGCAGUCGUCCUAACAUGUCAAAACUGAAUCUGGUUGUGUGUGGAAGUGACAGGACAUUAAAAUCCUCGAUAUUAGAGCUGUUCCUGCAGCAGACAGACAGAAGAUCGGAGUGUGUGUGGAGUGAAAUUGAGAUUCAUGGUCGUCUGAUCAGUCUGGCGGAGCUUCCAGCUCUCAAUCAGCUCUCGGAAGAGGAAGCAAUGCAUCAGUCUCUUCACUGCAUGUCUCACUGUGAUCGUGGAGUUCAUGUUUUCCUCCUCAUUAUUAAUGUCGGUGGAUUAACUAAUGAUGACAAAGCAGAAAUUGAGAAGAUCCAGAAGAUCUUUGACCCCAGAGAGCAUUUCAUACUGCUUUUCACCACAGAUUACUCUGUUGGAGCACCACUGAUGGACUUCAUGAAAUCCAGCCCAGAAAUUCAGAAUUUAAUCAGUCUCUAUGGGAAUCAGUACAGAUUGAUGGGGUUAAAACAACCUGAAAACUCAACACAUAUCCCAGAACUACUGGAUUAUAUAGAGAAUAUGAAGACUGAACCAUAUUCACUGCAGAUGUAUGUGAAAGCUCAAGAGAACCGAGCCAGACAUCAAACAGAAGAGAAAUAUAAAGAAGAACUAAAGAGAAUGAAGGAUGAAAUUGAUGAGUUAAAGCAGAAGAUGCAGUCAGAGGGUGCUGAAGGUGAAGUAGAUGAUCUGGAGUGGAGGAUCGUGUUGAUCGGGAAGACAGGAAAUGGAAAGAGUGCAACAGGAAACACUAUUCUGGGAAAAGAGGAGUUUGUGAGUAAAUUAACACUAGAUUCAAUGACGACAGUUUGUCAGAAGGGUGUUGGUGAAGUUGAUGGCCGAUCAGUAGCUGUUGUUGAUACUCCAGGUCUCUUUGACACGACACUGUCAAAUGAUCAAGUGACAGAAGAAAUAAUGAAAUGUGUUUCAAUGAUGUCACCUGGACCUCAUGUGUUUGUCAUUGUGUUGAGUGUGGUAAGAUUCACCAAAGAAGAAACAGACACUGUAGAUCUGAUAAAGAAGAUCUUUGGUCCAAAAUCUGCUCAGUUCAGCAUUGUUCUGUUCACUAGAGGAGACGAACUUGAGGGUGAAUCUAUAGAGGAUUAUGUGAAGAGAAGUAAGUCUGCAGAACUGAAGAAACUGAUCAGAGAUUGUGGAAACAGAUUCAUGAUUUUUAAUAACAGAGAAAAACGAGACAAAACUCAAGUGAUUCAACUGUUAAACAUGAUAGAAGAGCUGAAAAAUACUAAUGAGGGUCGAUACUUCACUAACAGCAUGUUUGAGGAGGCGGAGAUGUCCAUUAAAAAGAAAACGGAGGAGAUAAUGAAAGAGAGAGAGAGAGAAAUUCAGAGUCAGAGAGAAGAAUUACAAGCCGAAUACGAGAUGGAAAUGAAAAGCAUGAUGAAGAGACUCCAGGAAGAGAAACAAAGAGCAGAUGAGGAGAGAUUGAAAAUGCAGAAUCAGUUCAGAGAAAAAGAGGAAGAACUCAGAAAAGAGUUUGAAGAAAAAGAGAAAACAGAACAGAAGAAACGAGAGAUUGAAAACCAGAAACGAUCAGAGAAAGAAAAACAGCAAAGAGCUGAAUAUUAUCAACAAAUUGAAGAGAUGAAGAGAGAGAUGGAAAAUCAGAGAUCACAGUAUGAAAAACAGCAAAAAGAAAGAGAAGAAGAAGAAAGAAAGAAAGAAGAGAAAUACACACAAGAUCAAGAAAAGAUGAAAAAUGAACAAAAGCGUAUUUUAGCAGAGUUACAGAUGAAACAAGAAGAAGAAAUAAAGAAGAGAGAAUCUGAGGAGCAAAGGAGGAUUAAAGAAGAAGAGGAAGAAAGAAAGGAAUGGGAGAGAAAAAUAAAAGAGGCUGAAUAUGAAAGAAAAGAGGAAAUUAAACGACAGCAGAGAGAAUGGCAGGAUGAAAAGAAACUGCAGAUGAGAGAACGAAAAGAAGAAGAAAGAAGGAGAAAAGAGCAACAUGAGAAACAGCUGAAAGAAAAACAAGAAGAACUGGAUCAAAUGAGAAAGAAAUUUGAAAGAGAGAGAAAAGAAGAAAGACAGAAGAUAGAAGAUGAAAGACAAAAACAGAGAAUUGAGAGAGCAGAAAAAGAGAAAGAAUAUGAAGCAAAGAAAAUUGAAAUGAAAAGACAUUAUGAGGAACUGGAAGAAGAGAGAAUAGAAGAGUGGGAGAAAAGAAAACUAGAAGAUGAUGAGAGGCAAGAAGAAGAGAGAAAGAGAUGGAAGAAAAUGAUUGAAGAUGUGAAACAAGAGCAAGAAAAAGAGAUGAAGAAAAGAGAAACAGAGAAGAAGGAGAGAAAAGAAAGAGAAGAGAAAGAGAGAGAUCAAAUUAGACAGAAACAUGAAAAGGACAUAAAGAUGAUGAAGAAGAAACAUGCAGAUGAAGCCAGAAAACAAGCAGAAGAAUUUAAUGAGUUCAGAGAGAAAAAAGAGCAGCACAUUCAGGAGCUCCAGCAGACGCUGGAAGAACAUCAGAAACACAACGAGUUCCUGGAAACACUCUAUCAACACUUGAAAGACCGGACAGGAGAAGACAUAAAAGAUCUAAAAGACAAGAAAGAACGAGAAAGACAAGAGCUACUACAAAAGAUUGAAAAACAAAAAAAUAAAAAAACAAACUGUGUUAUUAUGUGAUCAUGUCAAAGUAUAAAUAAUGUCAUUUUUAAACAUAUAUUACAAGCUAAAAAAUUCUUUGGACUGUUUUAGUAGAGUGCUCUUGUAUUGCGCUGUACAUUUGUUUUGUUUUGUUUUCAUAAUUCUUUGUUCAUAAUUUACUUGUUAGUUACAUGGGAUAUUUGUCCCAACACUAUAUUGAUAGUGAGAGAUAAGAAGGAAUUUCAACGUUUCAAGUAGCUAAUGUUGUAGUAAAGCAGUUUGGUUUAACACUGAAGUCAGACACAAAGUUAGAAUGAACACUGAAACAUACACAUAUAAGAUUAAGUAAACUGAUCAUUUUUACCAUAAUUUUGUCUCCUGCUUUCUUCUCUUUCCUGGUUUCCUAAAACCAAAUCUGCUUGCUCAUAUUAUUCAGCUGCAACACAAAACUCUGUAAAAAUAAUAAAUGUUUGACAUCUAAAUGUUUGACUUAUUUUUUUUUUUUAAAUUGGACUCUUAUUGGAAUCAAAACUAGGAAUCGAUAAGAAUUGGAAUCGGAAUUUAUUAAAUUCAAACGAUACUCAACAAUAACUGAGGGCCCUUCUAACCUCCAUGACGAGCUCGCCAGGGUUCUUGCUAAAGCAGUUAAACCUUUCACACAUAAAUUUAAAAUAUUCUAGCUGACCCCCAGAGUAGGCAACUGUUAUUUUAGAAUGUAUUGCCUUAUUAUUUCCAUAGCGACAUGUCAUCCUUGUGACGUAACACACCGCACCCACUAUAGCUCUGAAUGAGUGAUGUAUCGCUUUUAUUUCAUUUUUCCUUUUUUAUUCAAAAUAUUCACAAAUGUGUUCAUUAUAUUAUGAAAUAUCUGAUAUUCAGAUUCUCAAAUAUCUGCAAGUAAAAGUAUUUGGUCGUUUAAACACCUUUAUAAUAAUGAUGUUAGUUGAUCUAUAACCCGCAAUGGAUGCUGCUAUGUUAGUUUGCGCUUACAGCACAUACACGGAUUGUCUGGUCUCGUCUACUUCACUUACAUUCUUUAAAUAAACACCUUGUAUUACCGUUACCCCAGUUGUCCUCUUCCUCUGUUGGUGUGACAGAAGACCAGACAAUUUCCAACAAAUACUAUGGACAUCCUAUUUUCUAACCCUGUGAAUUCACUCCUCACUGUUUUUCAAGAUGGCCGUCUAAUUGAGGAUUAUGUUGAGGAAUUUCUUGAUCUUUCCUAUAGGGUACCAUGGAUGGUCUGAUACCAUCUGUUCUUUGGAGCGCUAUAUUGAAUAUGCACUGUGGCUAAGUGGUUCAUCCUUCACUAAAUGCCGAAUGCCCUGUGGAUGAAACCGUAGACCCUGUGUCGCCUGUCUCCGCUGCGACAGCUUUCAAUAUUAUCACAGCAAGUGCUUCCGUAUUCCCUCGGGAGAGGAAGGUUAUCUCAAACAGCGCAGAUUUGGUGGCAAAGCUUGCGGAUCCUCCUAUCAUUUCCAUUAGGAAGACUAUGAAAAUGAAUUACACUCUGCUAUGCUCAUGUCCAAAAUCCAUACACAAUCAACAUAAUUAUGAAUCCGUUGCAGUGAGUAAAAGUCACAAAUCUAUUCCUGAAAAUCAAUUUGCAGAGUAUGUAGUUUCCUGAAACUGACAGAGCGAAACCCGCUCCAGAAUUUGCACCAGCCACCGAGUUCUAUCUGGCCUCAGAGUCCAAUUCUGCUCCUGAAUCUGCUUCAAUCCAUGAGCCAGCUUCAGAGUCUGGGCCAACCCCAAAGAUUAUUAAAUCCUCAGUACUUCACUUCACCUCUGUCCAAAGGAGGAGAUAGAGGAAGAAGAAACGGUCCUCUACCGGGCUAGUCCAUGACCACAGCCCAGUAUCUGUAAACCCAGCCCCAGAGUCCACUCCAGUCUCAGAGUCCAGUAAUAAGCACGUUCCAGUUUCAGAACUGUUCUGUGGUGGUUUACCUUCAAUCCUAACAUCCAUUCAAGAAUUCUGUUGGGUUUCUUAUCAAAUAUUUGAAAGCAUUUUCAGAUGUCUUUUUGCAUGUGAAUCACUAUAGUUCUGUUUAUCUGAAUUUGUCGAGGCGUUGAGGGAAUGUCUAGACAUGUUCCACAUUCAGGUAUCAUUCUGAAUCUGACUAACUGUGUUUUCUUAUAGUUGCAUCAAGGGUCUGUGUUUAAAAGACAUCGGCUACAAUCAAACACAACAUGUCAUGACAUUGUGUAAACUUCAAUGUUUUCAUUGGGAGUCUGUGUGUGAGUCAUCACAAUACAUGUCUAAUGUUGGAACUGUAGACUGACUGUCAGAUGCAGUGUAAUACAAACAGAGAGAAGAGCACAUUUACAUUAAUCACCAUAAAGGUGACUCAACUGCCAGCACAGCACUGAACCUUUACCUUUAGCCUAGUCUGUGACUCAUACACAAACACAAACCGUUAAUGCGUACAUGGUUUACAUUUUGGCAUUAUGUGUAUUACUUGCAAAUCAAUUUCACAAUUGCUAGCUUCAUGCUCUGCUAUUUGAGCUACAGGAACCAGCCUUCAGCCUAAAUGUCACUGACUGAAAUCACACUAUCAGUUAAAGUGUCAAAAGCAGUAAUGUCUUCAUAAACAGAGAACAGAAUAAUUAAAUAUAUGACUCAAUCACUCAUUUCAGUUCAGUUUCAGAUUUACACCUGUGUGUUUGUGUGUGUCAGAUUAUUUCUGACUUUGUGUUUGACCAAAUGAGGCUUAGUAGUGAAAAAAUAGAUCUGGGAUGCAUUCUGAUGCAGUUAAGAAAUGUCGAUGGUGAAUACAGCACAUAACACACAUAAACACUAAAAACAGACAUAAUACAAUGGAAUUAAAUUAAAAUGAAGAAAGUGAGCGUCCCAUCAAAUUGAUUCUGUAAUAUUUUUAACUAUCAUAUUUAUCUUUUUAACCACUACAGAAGCAGGGUUGAGCCUGGUCAGUACCUGGAUGGGAGACCUCCUGAGAAAACUAGGUUGCUGUUGGGAGAGGUGUUAGUGAGGCCAGCAGGGGGUGCUCACCCUGUGCUCUGUGUGGGUCCUAAAGCCCCAGUGUGGUGAUGGGGACACUAUAUUUUCAAAAAGCACCGUCCUUCGGAUGACGGCAUAAAAAAUCUCAGGAUGAUCUCACAAGAGAAAAAUGACAAAUAUUCAGUCUAUAUGUUUUCUUUUUUUUUUAUACUGUUAUUCUCUACAGCAGCCUGUUUUUGAUUUCAUGACACUUUAACAUUGUGUCCUUAACGACACAAGAUGUCAUUACUGCAGAUCUGCUUUAAUUUAUUUAUUUUUUUCAUAUUUUUAUUUGCAAAAAAAAAAAAAAAAUGUUAAUACUUAAGUUAAGAGGAUUUACACAUUGAAAUUGCAAUAUCUGUCAUAAAAAGCUAAAUAUGUUAUCUUUAGUGUGUAUGGAAACAACUGACAUCUAAGGUUACUGACUAAAUUGUACAUGGCAUAGAGAAAACCAUCAAAUCCCCUAUUUUGUAUAUUAUUUUUUAAUAUCAGUAUUUACAAAACUGCAAAAAAUUUGAAAAAGCUAUUGAAAUAUAUUUCAUUUUUAUAGAAAUUAAAAAAGAAAAAAAAAAGUAUAUAAUGAAUGUUGUUGUAACGUUGUGGUAAGGACAUUUUGUAAGAAGAAGAGUUGAAAAACAUUAAAAAUAAACAUGUUCCUGAUUAAAAUCUUAAUGACUCCAUGCAAUUUUGUUGACCUUUUUAUAUGUAUUACAGACUCUGAUGGUUAAAAUUAAAAUUCACAGGGGUUGAUUUUUUUUCAAUUUUGGAGAGUCAAAAGUGCCCGUAGUUGCAGAAACAGAAUGUCCCCUUGCUCCUCGGGGGCCACCUGAGUUUGGAGGGAAUCUUCUGUCAUGCUUGAAGAAAAAUAACAGCAUUUACUUUUAGAAUGACAUGAGUAAUAACAGAAUUUACAGUAAGGCUACCAACAAAUCCAGGUAACCAUGUUCAUUAAAUUUAUUUACAAUAUGCACACAUUCACUCUUAAGCAUCUACGUAAUAUGCUAAAACAGCUCUGUUAAUGCGUUCCCAUCAGUGUCUUGCCUUUACACUUGCUCUGCUGCUCUGUAAGCAUAUCUAGUCUACCAAAACCAAAAGCAAUAACCUGCCAUGUCCAAUACAAAAAUGUGCUUUGUUAAACUGGACUGUUGGUGGAUAGUGAAUAAGACAGCUAAAAUAUUGAUCUACUGUGGCGUAACUCUUAAGUAAAUUUGAUUCACGGUGUAGCAUUCUUAGACAGUUCAGCACUAAUGUUAUGCACCUUCCUCUCUCUCUC